AUGGCGGAAACAAAAAUCAUCGCGGAGAACUUCGAAGGGCUUGAAGGCAUGAACUUGCCGGUGGCGCAGUUUGUGCAGGCGUUCAUGACCAAUCCAUAUUUAGUGCGCAAGGUGGCUCUGGUCACAGGCUUUGAAGAGCAGAUCUUGCGGUCCAUUCCUGCCGAGGAGCUGCUCGAGGUUUUCGUCCAGUGGGACACCGACAGCACUGGCAAGAUCUCAUUUGACAACUUUAUCCAAGGCGUCUAUCAAAUGCGCUAUCGGAUCAAAGCUUUGCAGGCCCAGGCUGGCCGAUUCGCCAAAUCCUCUGCACUCGCUGCCCGUGACGAAGAACAAUAUGUGCUGGCGGAUUCUGUCAAGCGUGCCAAAGAUGCCUUUGACAAAGCCGGCAAAAAGGGGAAAGACCAGCUGAGCCUCGAGGAUUUCAUCGAAGCGCUCUCCGACAUGGAUCAGUUGCAACGGAUAUCUGCAGCAACCGAGCUGCCAGUCACCUUUUUUGAAUCACUUUCUGCCGUCAGUUUGCUGGAUCUUUUCAAACAAGUCGAUCUGGAUUCCUCUGGCACUAUCUCUCUGGAAGAAUGGGUUGAAGCUUUGGUGCAAAUCCGCAUGUCUUCGUACUACGAGCGGAAAACAGAGGAGCAGGAAGCAAUGGACGCCGUGAGAGAGCAUGCCGAGGCUGCGUUGAAUGAAGGUGAUGCAGAUUGGAAUGGUGAAUUCGAUUUUAUGGAGUUCGUGACAGCGUUCAAGACAAAUUCACGCUUCCUCCGGAAGGUGUCUUUGGCAACAAGUAUUCCUGUCCAAGAGCUGCGGACGCUGCAGACAGAGUCGCUGGAAGACCUCUUUCUGAGUUUGGACACAGAUCUCUCAGGUACAAUUUCUUUUGCAGAAUUUGUGAAGGGUCUUGCAGAGAUUCGUUUGAUCCGCAUGGAGUCUGUAGGAGAUCACGCUGAUUCGAUUGAAGCCUCAGUGAUGAAUUCUGCAGUGAUGGCAGCAACAGAAGCUUUCGAGGAAGCUGACCUGAGUGUGCUGGGGGAGUUGGAUUUGCACACGUUCGUGCAGGCACUGACUGAUCCAGUCGUUGCUACAAAGGUAUCUCAGGCUACAUCAGUCCCAGUGGAAUGGUUCUUGAGUUUGACUGCAGAGCAGCUGGUAGACCUGUUCCAGGACAUUGAUGCAGAUUCAAAUGGAAGUAUAUCUUUCGCGGAGUGGAUUUCAGCCCUUCUCAGAGUUCGCAAAGCGAAUUACGAGGAGGACAAAGCUGCGCGGCAAGAGGAGGCCAAGGCGAUCCAGAAACUUGCAGAAGAAGCACUGGAAGAAGGUGACCUCGACUUGUCUGGUGAAUUGGAUUUCCGAGAGUUCAUAGCAGCAUUUCGGCGGAACCCUCGUUUUGUGAGGAAAGUUGCUGUGGCAACGGAUACCUGCGUCGAAGAUCUUGAAAGCCUGGAUAUCGAGGACCUGGAGGAAUUCUUCACUGAGCUGGACACAGAUGGAUCAGGUACUAUUUCCUUCGAAGAGUUUGCGAACGGGCUCUUGGAAAUCAGAUUGCGAAGGAAUGCAUACAGCCAAGAGGAGGUGGAGGCUGAAAAUCAAGCCAUCAUUGACGUAGCAUACCUGGAUGCCCUGGAUGCAUUCAGCCAAGCAGAUCUUGGUGUAACAGGAGAGCUGGAUUUGGAUGCUUUCUACAAAGCUCUUCAAGAUCCUGGCAUCUUGGAGAAAGUUGCAUGGGCAACCAACUUGCCGCUAGAGUCCUUCGCCAACCUCACCAGAAAGGGCAUCGAGGAGCUCUUCGUCGGAAUGGACUUUGACUCUUCUGGCACUAUUUCUUUCAAUGAAUGGGUUGCAGCUCUGGUGAAAACGCGUCAGGAUGUCUUCCUUCAAGAGAAACUGCAGCAAGAGCGGGCAAUGGGAGCAGUGGUGGAGGAUGCCAUGGCUGCAAUGGAUGAAGCUCAGGAGGAUUCCUCGGCGGAGCUGCACUUGGAAGGGUUCAUCAGAGCAUUCCAGACCAAACCAUCCUUCCUUCGGAAGGUGUCGCAUGCUACAGGCCUGGCGAUAGAGGAGUUCAAACGUCUCCAGGAGUCUGAUCUAAAAGAGCUUUUCUCAGCACUUGACAUGGACUUCUCUGGUACAGUCUCCUUCACAGAAUUCGUACAAGGCCUUGCCGCUAUACGGGUAGCACAUGAAAACGAGUUGCAGGAAGCUCAACAUCAAGCCGAAGCCAGUCAGCAGUCUGCGAGAUUUGUCAAGGAUGUGAUGGUGAACAGCGCCCCAGAAGGGAAGGAUAGCAUCACGGCCGAAGACCUGAUCGAGCUUCUCCGCUUUCUUGACAGCAAAAGAUGGACGGCACCGAAGCUCGAGAAACUGGUCGAUGGGCUGCCAUGGGACCGUGAUGGGAAUCUGCCCCUGGGCCAUUUGGUGGAACUGCUGUACUAG